GUUCGAACAGCAUUGAACCCAGCAGUGUGGUCCGAACAUUGCCAGUUGCUAUCAAAAACAAGUUAUCCGGUUAGGUCAUCUGACUCGGAAGCAUCGCAACUGAAAACAAGAAAUGAACAAUCUCUGAACUGUUCACAGAAUGAGGCAUGUUCGGAAAUACCCGUUUUGUGUGAACAACUUUGCAAAUCUUACGAAGCCAGAGAAGUGUCAUCCUGUUCGACCCAGGCAUCCGUUCCACGACGUGCACUGUCCGUUUCAAAUUUGGCGCAUGAUUUGCGCAUAAAAGCUUGUCGCUUGGAUUCAGAGCAUACGACCAAUCGAUAUCAGUGCUCGUUUUGUGUGAAAUCUUUUCCCAGAUCCGCUAAUUUGAACAGACAUUUACGUACACACACGGGUGAACAACCAUAUCGAUGUGCCUAUUGUCCACGUCGGUUCAGUAUCUCGUCUAAUAUGCAGCGUCAUAUACGGAAUAUUCAUCAAUGUCAGCGCCCGUUCGCUUGUACCAAAUGUUCCCGUGCGUUUGCUCAACGGACAAACCUGUUCAGACAUAUGCGAAAUCAUAAGGAUUGA